CCGAGUGCGAGCGGGAGCGCGAGCCUGGCGGAGCGGUGCGGCCAGGCGCCUGCGCGGUGGCGGCCCCCAGCCGGGCGCGGAGCCAGCCGGGACGGACAUGCGCGGGAGGGCGCCGGGGGGCAGCCGCGGCUCCGCGGGCUCACUAAAGACGGCUCUCUUCCUCUGAGAUUUAAUGAUCACACUCGACCUGAGUGUGUGUGACAAUAACUCUUAACUGCCGCUUCUCCGAAGCUGCGCCAGAUCACACUUCCUCUCUGCUCACGCUGACGGGAGCUUCCCAGAGCCGGUUGCUAAAUUACAGGGACCAGAAGCUGCUUGCUGCCUGACGCCCAGGGUGCAGGAUGUCCACCGCGGGAGUCGCUGCCCAGGAGAUCCGCGUCCCGCUGAAGGCGUUUCUGCACGAUGGCCCGGCCCUGGGGAGCCUGAACGCGUGCUGGGGCCGCCGCCGGGAGCUGGGGAAUAACUUCCUAAACAUCCACCCGAUCACCAUGGCCUACAACCUGAAGUCGACCACUCAGGCGCACCUGACGUCUCUUGGGCGCACCUCGGCACCUGCCCCCGCAAACGGCCACCGCCUUGCCGAGCACGGCCCCUCUCAGAAGCCCAGCCUGCCCCCUCUCGUCCUCCCCCCGAGUGAGAGCUCGGGGCCCCUCGACGAGGACCCAGUGGUAUGUGGUUUUAAGAAACUGUCAGUAAACGGGGUGUGUGCCCCCACGCCCCCACUCACGCCCAUGAAGAACGGCCCGUCCCCCGUGCCCUGCGUGGCCGGCUCCCGGCCGCUCCCCCCGCUGCCCAUCUCCGAGGGCCUCUCCCUGGACGACACGGACUGCGAGGUGGAGUUCUUCACCUGCUCCGACACGGACUUGCUCUUGGGAGACUGCGCGCCCGCCGAGUUCAAGUACAGCGUGCCUGGCAGGCGGAGCUUCCGCGGGUGCGGGCAGAUCAACUACGCCUACUUCGAAACCCCCACGGUCUCCGUGGUGGACCUCAGCCAGGCCCCCGAGCAGAACGCGGGGGGGCAGCCCUCAGACCCGCCGCCGCCGCAGAGCCACCGGAGGCUCAGGCGGUCGCACUCGGGCCCCGCCGGGUCCUUCCACAAGCCGGCCAUCAAGGUGCACAGCCACAUCCACAGAGCCUCCCCCAACCCCGACACAGACAAGCCCGAGGUCCCCCCGAGGGUCCCCAUCCCUCCGCGGCCCGUGAAGCCCGAUUACAGAAGGUGGUCGGCGGAGGUCACUUCCAGCACCUACAGCGACGAAGACAGGCCCCCCAAAGUGCCACCCAGGGAGCCCUUGUCGCGGAGCAACUCCCGCACCCCGAGUCCCAAAAGCCUUCCGUCUUACCUCAACGGGGUCAUGCCCCCCACGCAGAGCUUCGCCCCGGACCCCAAGUACGUCAGCAGCAAAGCUCUGCAGAGACAGCUCAGCGAAGGCUCUGCCAGCCGGGCCCCCUGCAUCCUGCCCAUCAUCGAGAACGGGAAGAAGGUCAGCUCGACACACUACUACCUGCUGCCUGAGAGGCCGCCGUACCUGGACAGAUACGAGAAGUUCUUCACGGAGGCAGAGGAGGCGAGCGCCAGCGCCCCGGCGCAGCCCUUCCCCGCCGACGGCGGUGUCGUCGCCGCCCCCGGGAGGCCGGACCCCGGGACCAGGGGGGACGUGGGCGGCCCCGGGAAGCGUAAGCACUUGUCCUACGUGGUUUCUCCGUAGCCUCGGGUCACGGCGCGGCAGAGGGUCCCAGGAGCAGAUGGUUCCCGAGCAGUUUCCCGGUUUGACUGCGGUUCAGGGAAGAUGUUCCAGGUGCAGAAUAAACUUGAACUCUGUGCAGAGA